GGGCCCGGCCUCUCCCGGGGUGGCCGAGGAGCCGGCGAGGCGAGGUCGGGGCGCACCGCCCAUGAGACGCCCCGGCGCGCGCGCGGGCCAUGGGGGGCAGCCUGCGGGUGGCCGUGCUGGGCGCCCCCGGCGUGGGCAAGACGGCCAUCAUCCGCCAGUUCCUCUUCGGCGACUACCCGGAGCGCCACCGGCCUACGGACGGGCCGUGUCUUUACCGGCCCGCCGUGCUGCUCGACGGCGCCGUCUAUGACCUGAGCAUCCGCGACGGCGACGGCCCAGCUGGCCCGGGUCCGGGUCCAAGCCCGGCAGGGCCAGAGGAAAGGCCAGACACCAAGGACUGGAACUUGCAGGACACGGAUGCCUUCGUUCUUGUCUACGACAUCUGCAGCCUGGACAGUUUCGACUACGUGAAGGUCCUGAGGCAGCGCAUAGCUGAGAACAGGCCUGCAGGCGCGCCCGAGGCGCCCAUCCUGGUGGUGGGGAACAAGCGGGAUCGGCAGCGGCUGCGCUUUGGACCUCGGCGAGCACUGGCCACCCUGGUGCGCAGGGGCUGGCGCUGCGGCUACCUCGAGUGCUCGGCCAAGUACAACUGGCACGUGCUCCGGCUCUUCCGGGAGCUGCUGCGCUGUGCGCUGGUGCGCGCCCGGCCUGCGCACCCCGCCCUGCGCCUGCAGGGGGCGCUGCAUCCCGCGCGCUGCGUUCUUAUGUGACCGGAUUGGAAGAUCCAGAACCUGGGGGCGGGGCCGAGAACGGAUACAAACCCACCCAUUGGACGAGGUCGCCGGACUUCUCUCGGAGCGUCUUCGCUGAUUGGGCGAGAGAAGCUCCCGCCCAUUUCUCCUAGGCAACAAGAGGCCUGGCUUUUGGAACCGCAUUCGGCCACCUUGAACCUCAGAGUCAAGAUCCUCCUUCCGGAUGAAAGGGAUCUCGCAGUGAAUUUGAUUGGAGCUCAGACAGACUGUUAAUCUGUUAAUACUUCAUUGGAAAAACUUUUUUUUAAUUGUUGUUUUGAUUGGCACCUCCCUGAUUAUUAAUGAAAAACUCUUCUAAGUCUCACCCCCAGGGAGGCAAUAAAGGGGGGAAGUCAGUUUCAAA